UGUUCUCCAAACCAAAGCUGUUUUUCUGGAAUUUGAGUUGGCAAGUGAAGCUUGGCAGCUGCGUGCAACUUGCAUUGCCUGGAGCAUCACAUGCAGCAUUUCGUUCUACACCGCAUAGGCCUCCUGCUUCUUUUCGUUCAUUUAGAGAAUUGAACUACUAGGGAAUAUCUCGCCGUUCAUUCGCCCACUACGCUAUUUGCCCACUUUUCCUCUUGUCCCCCACGACCCUAAGCACGAAAUUUAGUGGCUCUUAAUCCCUGAGCCCGCUAGUUCAACCCCCAAACGAGCGGCUCGCCACCUAACAGGCCAAUCACAUUACGCCCGCUGGCAUCACCAACCUUUUCGCAUUCAAGAAGACCUUCGGGCCUUUGAGGCGAAGGCGGACGAGGCGUGAUGAAUCGCAGUAUUCCGGGCUACUAUUACGAUGAGGAAAAGCGCAAGUACUUCAAGAUUGAAGACCGCCGCACGGCGCCCGUCAACGCGCCCUGGGCCGGCAAUAACGUGAAGCGCCGCCAGCUCGAGGAUGCAGAGGCUGAGGCCCGCCAGCAGCGGCUUAUCAUCAAGGCCCGCGGCGUCAAGCGUGCCCCUAUCCUUGCAAAUGACACGGCCAGCGGCUUCUUGCGUCGCGAGCAUGGCGAGCCUUCCCGCGACACGCCUCUCGCCUGCUGGCUCCAGGGCAUCAGGCCCAAGGGUAGCAUCAAGUUGUGGUCGUCAGGACUGGGAGACACGAUGAACCCGUGGAUCAUGCAUGUGGGCAACCAGGACACCAAGACCGGACUGGGGGUCGUGUAUGCGAUAAAUUUUACCAGCCCCUAUCUCGCCAAUCUCGUUAGUUCGUACAUCCCAAGGAACGACAACGACGAGAUCGAUUUUGGCGAAGCCGUUGUUAGUCACCGCCACACCGAUUUCAUGCCGAGGGUUGAGGUCACCAGCCUUUACCAACCGAGUUCUCUCAAAUACCACGCGCCCUCGCACAGGCUCCUCCUCACCUCGAGUGAAGCAGCGCUCGAUGGCAGCCUCAUAUGCUUCUCGCCCACGCUAACUGAACAUGAUGACCCGCGGCCAGCUUGGCUGCUUGGACAAGGGACAUUCACCGAGAUUAGCACUCCCAGCCUCAACCGGAACGGUCGGCUUGCCAGCCAUUCAAGCAGUGUCUGGAAGAGCGCCACCACUUGCGCGCCCGCACCAGCCUCGUCACGCAUGACCUGUGUAGUCGGUACCAACACCGGCAUCCUCCGGCUCAUCGGCGACCAGCUUCAGUGGCUCACGCCGCCUUCUGACACUGUCACCACGACGCAGAACAACAGUAGAAACGAUAUUAUGGGAAGAGCCAGGGCCAGAGAGAGAGGUAGAGGCAUAGGCAUAGGCAUAGGUGGAGGCAGAGGCAGAGGCAGAGGCAGAGGCAGAGGCAGAGACAGAGUACGGGGGAGAGACAAUGAUGUCCGCGGCAACCCUCUCAACGACAGCAGCCCCGACGAGCCCGAACCAUGUCCCGCCAAGGGGUACAUCCUCAGCCUCGACUUCCUCGCGCAGAACCCCGCCGACGUGGUGCUGGCCAGCAGCCGGCCGAGCUUUGUCAACGUGGUGGACACGCGCGCGCCCGUUCAAGAGUGGACGGCCUUCAAGCACCGCAGCCCCGUCAUCCACGUCCGCUCUGUGGGCGCGCACAGCGUGCUGGCCGCGGGCAUCGCCAACGCCAUGGCGCUGUACGACGUGCGCUGGAUCCGCAGCAGGCCGCAGCACCACGAUCCACAAGCAGGCGGCGGGCUGUCGAACAAGCACAGCGCCUGUCCUGUCCUCGAGUUUCCCGACUACCGCAACGCUGGCGACCUGGGCGCCGGGCUCGACCUUCUGGCUGCCGACAGCGGCGGCUUCGGGCACGGCAUCGUAGCGGCUGCGCAGGACGAUGGGUCCGUCGCCCUGUACUCGCUGUCCUCGGGCGAGCGACUGCGCUGCGCCGCCGUCGACGCCAUCGGCAAGUCGGCGCCCGCGGUGCCCGACGCCGAGCCGUACCGCAUGGGAUACGUGCACGGAGCCGGCGCCGCGUCGGCGGCGCCCGUCGUCAUCAAGGCGCUGCAGUUCCAGACGCUGCCGGGCGACGUGCACCCCAGCCUGUUCGUCGGCGAGGGCUCGGCCAUCAAGAAGUACUCGUUUGCUACCGGCUCGGGGUCUGCGUUGGGGGUCGACGAGUGGGAGUGAACCUGAAAUAAAAGCAGCGUCUUGUUGUUGUUGUUGUUGUUUUUUAUGACAAAACAAACAGGCCGGUGCUGGCUGAGCCGACAGACGGGCCGGACAGACGGACGGACGGGCAUUUGACCCCCGUCUUCUCCAUGCCGAUUUGAGCCCUCCCUCCGUGCAUGCACUGAGAGAAUGCUUGCCUGACACGCAACCUCUCGGACUCCCGAACUGAGGUUGGCUGAGCUCGGUAUGUGUGUAUAUAUACCUACGCACAGGCUUUGCCCACGGCUGCGCCAGUGGUAUGUGCGACGGACGAGUAAAGCCGUGUCGAGCCACGUCUCGGUACUUGCAGUGCGCUUGCUAGGUAUGAUUAUUGUAAGUGAUGCUUGCAGACUAGACUAGACCUACGCGGAGAGAGAGAGAGAGAGAGAUAGA